AUGAACGUCGGCCUAGUCACAUCUGCAAUUGCCAGCAAGCUGAGCACAAUGGUCCUGAGUUUGCUUUUUCCAGCCAUGUAUACGGCACCGGACGAUUCCCCAGCACGUUCUCGAAAUGCGGCGCUUUAUUUGCGCCGCUGCGUCUUCUACAUGGGAAUACGGAGGCCACCACAGCGCUUCUUUGUCAUCUACAUCCUGUGGUCGCUGGCCCUCAAUAUUAGCUCGACCUUCUAUCAACCCAUUGGCUUUAUGACAGGUGUAAUUAUUCACCUGAAAGAAUUCUCGGCUGGCGAGUUUCUCACCUCAGUACAGGUCGCGUUCAAUGCAUGGUCGUGCUCAGUCAAGGUCAUUAUUCUGUGGGUCCUGCUCAAGCGCUUGGACCACGCUGCUGACCUAUUGGAUCAAAUGGACAAGCGCGUGACUCAGCCGAGUGAGAGACGGAUGAUACAUCGGGCGGUUGCGCAGAGCAAUCGAGUCCUCUUUUUGUUUAUGUCUGUUUACAUGAUCUAUGCGACGACAACGUUCCUGGGUGCUGUAUGGAAUGGUCGCCCGCCCUAUCAGAACUACUAUCCACUCUUGGACUGGCGAGCCAGCCCCUGCAAAUUUUGGUUGCAAGCGUCUCUCGAGUAUUUUGCAAUGGCUGGUGCCUGCUUUCAGGACUGCUGUGUCGAUUGCUAUCCAAUUAAUUUUGUCCUGCCGUUGCGGGUCCAUGUCAACCUCUUGGCGGACCGCUUGCGUCGGCUUGGACAAACGACCAACGAUAAUCUGAAUUCCGAGAAGCGACAUGAACAGCUCAUCAAUUGCAUACAGGAUCAUAAACUCCUUUUGCGAUACUGUGAUGUCAUAGGUCCUGUUAUAUCGGGCACUAUUUUCGUUCAAUUUCUGGUAGUGGGGGUAGUCCUGGGCUUAACACUGAUCAAUCUUGUCCUUUUUGCAAACUUAGCCUCUGGAGUUGCCGCGCUGUUUUUCUUGAGUGCUGUUUUACUUGAAACAACGCCUUUCUGCAUACUCUGCAACUUUUUGACAGACGAUUGCAGCAAGCUUUCCGAUGCCCUCUUCGAGUCGGAGUGGAUGGACAAAGAGCAGCGGUACAGGAAGACCGUCCUCUUUUUCCUGCACAAGCUACAGCAACCAAUCACUUUCAUGGCUAUGGGAGUCUUCACUAUAUCUGUGGGCACCAACAUUACUGUGACCAAGUUCGGGUUUUCCGUAUUCACGUUGGUAAAACAAAUGAAUUUGGCUGAAAGAUUGUCUACAGGCAAUCGGGAACAUUGA